AUGCAGCGAAGUACAAAUUCAUCUUUAACUGGACCAGGCAAAUCUUCAACAAUAUUGAGCAAUCUACUUAUUAAGGAUCAAAAAGAUAUAUCUGCUACGAAUUUUAUUCAAUCAUGUUCAUAUCACAUUGAAAAUAUUGACCGCAAUGCUGUUAUCAAACGUCAAGAUAUGGAAGCUUGCUUGAAACGUCUAUCGAACAGAAACGACGUUCACGGUGUCAUUGUAGCAACCAUGGAUGGUCGUAUCCUUUACGAUUGUGAUACUUUAAAAAACUGGAUUCCAGUUUUAGCACCUCUAUGUUCAUUUGCUCGCCAUCUUGUUCGUAAUAAAGAUCCCGAUGAUAGUAUACAAGCGCUUCGUUUACGAACAAAAACGUAUGAACUCUUGAUAACCAUUCAUAAUGAACAACUAUUAAUUGUUAUGCAAAUGUUACCGAUGAAUGAUAUUAACCAUGCGGAUAGUAGUGACAUUAUCGAAGAAGAUUGGGAUGCAUUUUUGAAACGAAUACAACAGAAGAGGAUCGAAAAUAAAUAG